CUGUAAACCUCAACAAUCCUCCCAUUUAUCUUUAGCCCGUGCGACGGCCCGAUUCGCCCGACGACCGCCACAUCAUGGCCAAACACUCGGCCAUCUACCCCGUGGAGGAGGAGCUUCAGGCCGUCCAGCGAAUCGUGUCGCAUUCUGAGCGCGCGCUCAAACUGGUGUCUGAUUCGCUGCUGGAGAAGGAGGCGUGUGCUGCGGACGACGACGACAGCGACGUGACGGACAAACAGUCGGAGUCUCAGGCUCGUGUUCUCAAAGGAGUCGUGCGUGUGGGAAUCCUGGCUAAAGGUCUCCUCCUACGCGGCGACCGCAACGUUCAGCUCAUCCUGUUAGCGGCCAAGAAACCCACCACCUCUCUAUUGAGAACCGUUGCAGAGCAAAUGCCCAAACAACUAGCGGUAAGGUUGUCUUUUUUUGUGACGUUGCUAUGCAUGGAAAAUAAAUGUUUACGUCGAAGCUGCUGAAAACUAUUAUUGACUUAUGACCUGUUUAUACUCGUAUCUUUGCACUUGUGGUUUUAACACCUUAUUUACCUUUGUUAUGGCUGUUACAUGGAUGGAAAUGGCCCACGUGAGAAAUCACAUGGUCCCAGGUGUCAUGGCAAGAUUAUAUAUAGCAACAUGUAGCUGGGUGUGUGGUUU